CUCGCUGUGAAUUAUCGCAGUAUGAUAAAUUGUACCAAACCACUUGCACUGAAUUUAAAGUUUUUUCGUGCUAGUCAUUAGUGUACGUUACAUAUUCCGAAACAGAAUGAUGAUUUUUGUGUUAACUGUAGUAGGAUUAAUGCUUGCAGCAAAUGCAGCGAAUGCUGAAGAAAUCCACAACUAUCGCAUGUGCCGAAAUACUAGAUGUGAAGUAUACGAUGUAUUUAUUGAUCCAUGUCCCGAAGCUUUAGACAACAAACCAUGUGAAUUACCACAAGGCAUUAACGCGUCUAUCGAAUUUAAAUAUAAACCUAAAUUUGGUUCGGAAACACCACAAACAAGACUAUACGCUGAAACUCUUUUAUUAGACCUGCCAUUUAUGGAUAUGGACCCUAACGCAUGCUUAUACACAAAAUGUCCCAUGAUGAUGAACGUCGAACAGAAUUGGCUGUACAAUUUAUUCAUAUCCACAGACUAUCCUAAGAAUAGUUACACAGUAAAAUUGAAGUUCUGGGACAACGGACCAAAAGCCGAUAGGAAAGACGAAUGCUGCUUUAAAUUCGACAUGAAGAUUGUUUAAAGAAAAUGGAAAAUAUUUACAACUAUAUAUUAUUAUAUUAUCGUCUAUAAUAGAAUAUAAAAUAAAUACUAUUAUUAUUAUUACCAUUAUUAUUACUAUUCAUUAUACAAUUUAAUAAUUUAUAUUUAAAGUUAAAAAAUAUAUGUGAUUAUGCGAUAUUUUCUACGCGGUUACACGUGUACAUAAUCAUCACAUUAUAAUAGUGAAAAAAAUUAUGUAUUAAAAUGUAAUUUUUUCAUUGUCA